AUGGACGGUGCCAACGACCUCACCCAAUAUGUGCGACAACUCGAACUUUUUCGGCAUCAGGAUCAUGCCCGCGAUCAGAUGAUAGGAGAAAUUCUUACGCGAUAUGAACACCUUCAACGUGCAUAUCAGGAAAAAUGCGACGACUACAGUAAUGAAGUCGAGUCUCGCCGAAUGUGGCAGACUAAGGCAGGAACCUACGAUAGAGAAAUGCAGGCACUAAGCAAGAGUCUCAAGACGACGGAAUCUAAUCCUUUCGUUUUUGUUAUUAUUGAUGGUGAUGGCGCAGUCUUUCAGGACAUGCUCCUCAAGGCCGGUGCCGAUGGAGGCUCCCAAGCCGGGUACCUCCUCCACAACGAAAUUAUGAACUACGUUAGCGAGGCCUAUCCCCAGGCAGCCAGCCAGGACUGGAGCGUCAUGGUUCAGAUCGUGCUAAAUCUCGACGGUCUGGCUAAGAAGCUCCACGCUUGUGGCAUUAUUUCCAAUACUGCUGCUGAGCGCACUUUGUCCGACUUUGGACGUGGCUUUGGCCGUGCUCAGCCCUUGUUCAGCUUCAUUGACGUCGGCUCUGGCAAGGAGUCCGCCGAUCACAAAAUUCGCGAAACUUUGCGCCUCAUGGUCCGCAUCAAUCAGUGCAAGCACAUUUUCUUCGGCCCCUGCCACGAUAACGGAUAUCUUCCCGUUCUGGAGCCGUAUAAGCUAGACCCCAAGGUUUAUCCGCGUCUGACGCUUAUCGAGACCACCCCCGCAGAGGAGGGCUUUAAACACCUCAAUUUUCAUCGAAUUUCGUUCAAGUCAGUCUUCAGAUCCGAGAAACUCCCCGAUCGCGUCGAGCGCCCCAGUGUAUCCAGUGUAUCAAGCGUUUCUGCCGUUGCGUCGCCUCCCACUGCCGGCAUGCAGCCGCUGCCGCCCCCCGUACACGUUCCUACGACCAAUGGAAAUGGUGGCGCCCUGUUGAGAAGCAACACCAACGAGAGCCAGCCCCAGCGUGUUGCGAGCCCUCAGUCAUCGAGCGGUGGUGCGCAGACGCCUACUUCCUGGUCUGUCGUUACGAAAGUCUCGACCGGAAAGACGAUUGAUAUUUCUUCCAAGAAACCCGCGCCUAAAAAGUACUACCUUCUCAACGUUGAGAGCCAGCGCGUUGACGAGCAAUUCCCGCGUAUCGACCCGAACGUCGAGAAGCGUUUUAAGGAACGCAUGACAAAAUCUGGCAAAAAUCUCUGCAACAAUUUUCAUCUUCAUGGAUUCUGCAAGAAUGGCGAUGCGUGCCCAUUUCUUCACGGUGAAAAGUUGAGUCAAGGGGAAUUGACACUGCUAAAGCAGAAGGGCUAUCACGACAUUGAUACUAAACCUCGCGUCAAGGUUUACGAAGAUGGAACCACUCAAAUGCUCGCGACCUAA